AGAAAACAUAGGUUUAAGGAGGGUUUAAUGGCGGCCACUCUGGUUCUCUUCUUCACCUUCCCACUGCGUUGAGAUCUCUACCUCCGCUCCCUCCCCCCCAUCCUGUUUUUGAAUUCUUCAUCUUCACGCUUCUGUGCUAUGUUUCUCACUGCCUGAAGAAACUACAUAUGUCGACUAUCAUAUUUUCACCUUCUCCAUCUCCAUCAGCUGCAUUUUGGAUUCUUUGAACUUGUUGUUUAAGGAAUUGGGAAUCCCUGGUACCAAAGAAUGUGGAGAAACAUUGUCAAAAGAGCUGCUUCAAGGAAGGAUAUAUUAUUCUCCCAGCCGUCUUCUUCUCGCUUCAGAAAAGUUAUUGAAGACCAUAUCUUUCUCGAGCAAAUUAGAUCUUCCAGGACGCACAGAGGCUUGAACACUUGUCGCCAAUUGGCAGGCUUUCGUAGAAUUGGCUUUCUCCAUCCCGACAAUCCACAUUCAAGCGAACCCCUUCUUUUUCAUGGGGUUUUAAACCAUGCCAAAGGCUACGCAACUGCYGCCGAGGCGACCAUAUCCGAGGAGGACUUAUCGGGCUCCGAAGAAAUUCAGGAAUUGAUGGAGGAGCUAACAAAACAAGAAAAGCUGGAGCAUCACUUUAAGCAGCCUAAGAGAAUGGUCGAUGGAAUGGGAGUGAGUAAGUACAAUAUGCUGCGGAAGAGACAGGUAAAGAUGGAGACAGAGGCAUGGGAAGAGGCUGCCAGAGAGUACCAAGAACUUUUAACGGAUAUGUGCGAACAGAAGCUGGCGCCCAAUUUACCUUACGUGAAGUCUUUAUUCCUUGGUUGGUUUGAACCAUUGCGUGAUGCAAUUGCUGCGGACCAAGAGUAUUGCAAGGAUAAGAAGAAUAGAGUGUCUCAUGCUCCUUAUUUUGAUCUUAUACCGGCAGAUAUGAUGGCAGUGAUUACGAUGCAUAAGUUAAUGGGGUUGUUGAUGACUAACAGCGGAGGAAAUGGUAGUGUCAGGGUAGUCCAAGCUGCUUGUCAGAUAGGAGAAGCAAUUGAACACGAGGUCAGGAUACACAAAUUCUUUGAGAAGACAAAGAAGAAGAACGUAAAUGAAAAAAAUACUGAAGCAGAAGCUGAUCCUGUGGCCGAAGAACAGGAGAAACUGGCUAAAGAACAAGACAAAUUGAGGAAAAAAGUCACCAAACUGAUGAAAAAACAGAAGUUGCAGCAAGUGAGGAUGAUAGUCAAGGAGCAGGACGAUUUAAAGCCUUGGGGUCAGGAUGCUCAUGUGAAGGUUGGUUGCCGUUUAAUGCAGUUAUUGAUGGAAACAGCUUAUAUUCAACCCCCAAUUGAUCAGUUAGGCAAUGGUCCGCCUGAUAUUCGCCCUGCAUUUGUCCAUACUCUUAAAACUAUAACAAGAGAAGCACAGAAGACUAGCAGGAGAUAUGGUGUUAUUGAAUGUGACCCACUAGUUCGUAGAGGCCUGGAGAAAACUGCUAGACACACGGUCAUUCCAUAUCUGCCUAUGCUGGUGCCUCCUCUUAAUUGGACAGGGUAUGAUAAAGGAGCAUACUUAUUCUUACCAUCCUAUGUUAUGCGAAUACAUGGAGCUAAGCAGCAACGUGAAGCAGUUAAAAGGGCUCCAAAGAAGCAACUAGAGCCUGUUUUUGAGGCUCUUGAUACACUUGGAAGAACCAAAUGGAGGGUGAACAAAAGAGUUCUUAGCGUGAUUGACAGGAUAUGGGCUAGUGGUGGUCGUCUUGCCGACUUGGUUGACCGUGAAGAUGUUCCUCUGCCAGAGGAGCCAAAUGUGGAUGAUGAAGCAGAAAUCCGAAAAUGGAAGUGGAAAGUCAAGGCUGCGAAAAAGGAGAACAGUGAGAGGCAUUCACAGCGGUGUGACAUAGAGCUUAAGCUUGCAGUGGCCAGGAAAAUGAAAGAGGAGGAUGGCUUUUACUACCCUCACAACCUAGAUUUUCGAGGCCGGGCAUACCCCAUGCAUCCAUAUUUGAAUCAUCUUGGUUCUGAUCUGUGUCGAGGAGUUCUAGAAUUUGCGGAGGGUCGGCCUCUUGGAGAGUCAGGCUUAUACUGGUUGAAGAUACAUUUGGCAAAUCUGUAUGCCGGUGGUGUGGACAAGUUAUCUUACAAGGAUCGAGUAUCAUUUACCGAGAACCAUUUAGAGGAGAUUUUUGAUUCCGCAGACAGGCCUCUUGAAGGAAAUCGCUGGUGGUUGGGUGCAGAGGAUCCUUUUCAAUGCUUGGCAGUGUGUAUUAAUCUCUCAGAAGCAUUAAGAAGUCCCUCGCCAGAAACGACUAUUUCCCAUAUGCCCGUACACCAGGAUGGUUCCUGCAAUGGCUUGCAACACUAUGCAGCUCUUGGGAGGGACAAGUUGGGAGCAGCAGCAGUUAACCUUGUAGCAGGAGACAAGCCUGCCGAUGUGUACUCGGGAAUUGCUUCCAGAGUUCUUGACAUAAUGCGAAGUGAUGCAGAAAAAGAUCCUGCAACUAAUCCAAAUGCAUUGCACGCUAGACUUUUAAUCAAUCAGGUGGAUCGUAAACUGGUGAAACAAACAGUCAUGACAUCAGUCUAUGGUGUCACUUAUGUGGGCGCACGGGAGCAGAUUAAAAGAAGGUUGAAAGAACGAUCAUCCAUUUCUGAUGAUUCAAAAUUAUUUGCCGCUUCUUGCUAUGCAGCUAAAACUACCCUGACUGCCUUAGGGGAAAUGUUUGAAGCAGCAAGAAGUAUCAUGAACUGGCUUGGUGAAUGUGCGAAGGUAAUAGCAUCAGAGAAUCAGCCAGUUCGAUGGACCACUCCACUUGGACUACCAGUGGUGCAACCUUACCGGCAACUAGGAAGGCAUCUUAUCAAGACUUCCUUGCAAGUGUUGACACUACAACGAGAAACUGACCAGGUCAUGGUUAAGCGGCAGAGAACAGCGUUUCCUCCAAAUUUUGUACACUCCCUCGAUGGUUCUCAUAUGAUGAUGACUGCUGUUGCCUGCAAGAGGGCAGGCUUAAACUUUGCAGGAGUCCAUGAUUCAUAUUGGACCCAUGCAUGUGAUGUUGAUGAAAUGAACAGGAUACUGAGGGAGAAGUUUGUUGAGCUAUAUGAGGCCCCUAUUCUGGAGAAUCUACUGGAAAACUUCCAGAAGUCCUUCCCCACUUUAAAGUUUCCCCCCUUACCAGACCGGGGAGACUUCGAUCUCAAAGAUGUCCUGCAAUCUUCCUAUUUCUUCAAUUAAUGCAACCUAGACGCCUAAGUUGGAAGCUCUUUCUCAUGUGUUCUACUCGUCUGUGGAUGACAUCAGUCCUAGACAACAGUAGCAAUCUUCAAAUCAUGGAAACCAGACUAUGGAGGUAAGUGAAAUUUGCUUCUUGGAGGAGAUUAAGCCUGACCUUGGGUCAAGCUGGUCAAGGUCAGUGCUGUCCAGCUACUUGUACAUAUAUUUCAACCAUCGACUCUAUAUACAUCUUGGAACUUGGAAGUUCAUCUGCCAUUCACAUAUUCAACUGACUUGAGAAAAUAAAGAAAAUGCUGCAUCUUGGAGCUCCAGAGUUUCUACUUUCUUGGUGUUCUGACGCAGACUUUAAGUUCAAGAUAUACUGCAACCAAUCAGAGCUUCAGAAAAUGGAGGCCUCGGGGUAAGCUUGUUAACUUGAAGAGGAGAGAUCCUUAGACAUCCUCCAUGGUUUCACAUUACUGGAACCUCACUGACAAUUCCCAAAGAUCAGCUGGAGCGUUGCCAUGGAGUUUUUCACUGUAGUCAUAAUUUAUAUUUGUUACAUAUUAUUUGUGUAAAGUUCGUCAAGGAAAGUAGUGCUGAUGGGGUCUCUUUUUUCUCUUUUUGUUUUAAAAUAUUGAUUCAUUCACUAUUUCAAGGAAGAAGGAAAGUACCUACUUUUGUUGGGUUAAAAAUAUGGAAUGUUCCACACCAACUUUGGCACAUUUAUCUCAAGUUUUAGGCAUGUGACGUACCUGCUAAUUUGAUUUUA